AGGAAGAUGCUGCUGUUGGGGCUGAUGCUGCUGCUGCUGCCCGGCUCUCAGGCCGACCCUCAGGGGGAGCCUCUGCCCGGUGCCCCGCUGGUUCCCCCGGUGCUCCGGGGGCCGGGGCUUGGCUCCUCCUCCCCCCUCCAGGAGGAGCUCGGGGCUUCAGGGGUAGCGCUGGCCCGAUCUACUGUGGAGGAAGAGGCCGGGCCCGGGGACCCAGAGGCCGGGGAGGAGUCUUCUCAUCACGGCGGGGGGUUCCGGGUGGUGCAGUGGGAGUGGAGCUACGUGCAGACCCCCUACAUCAUCGCCUGCUGGCUGCUGGUGGCCAGCGUGGCCAAGAUCCUGUUCCACUUCUCCCAGCGCUUCACCACGGUGGUUCCUGAGAGCUGCAUGCUGAUCCUGCUGGGCCUGGUGCUGGGGGGUGUGGUCCUGUUGGCCAAUAAGAAGCAGCUGUACCAGCUAGAGCCCGCCCUCUUCUUCCUCUUCCUGCUGCCUACCAUCGUGGGCGACGCCGGGUACUUCAUGCCGGCGCGCCUCUUCUUCGACAACCUGGGCGCCAUCCUGCUGUACGCCGUGGUGGGGACGCUGUGGAACGCCUUCUGCACCGGUUUCUGCCUGUACGCCGCCAAGCUGCUGGGGGUCAUAGACGAGCGUGUGGAGGCGGGUCUCAUGGACUUCCUGCUCUUCGGGGCUCUGAUCUCGGCCGUGGAUCCGGUCGCGGUGCUCGCUGUGUUCGAGGAGGUUCACGUCAAUGACACGCUCUUCAUCAUCGUGUUCGGAGAGUCGCUGGUCAACGACGCCGUCACCGUGGUUUUAUAUAAAGUCUACAUCUCCUUCGUGGAGGUCGGGGUGGAGAACGUGCAGACCGCCGACUACUUCAAAGGAGUCGCCUCCUUCCUCAUCGUCAGUGUUGGAGGAACUCUCGUUGGUCUGGUCUUCGCCGUCUUGCUCGGUUUCAUCACUCGUUUCACUAAGAAGGUCCGAAUCAUUGAGCCGCUCUUCGUCUUCCUGCUCGUCUACCUCGCCUACCUCACCGCCGAGCUCUUCUCCCUGUCCGCCAUCCUGUCGAUGACAUUCUGUGGGAUUGGAGCUAAUAAAUAUGUGGAGGCUAACAUCUCUCAGAAGUCCAGAACAACAGUGAAGUACACGAUGAAGACUCUGGCCAGCAUCGCAGAGACCAUCAUCUUCAUCUUCCUCGGCAUCUCCGCCGUGGACAAGUCCAAAUGGGCCUGGGACACGGGCCUGGUGUCCUGCACCCUCAUCUUCAUCUUCGUCUUCAGGGCCGCAGGUGUGAUUGGUCAGACCUGGGUUCUGAACCGGUUCCGGCUCGUCCCGUUGGAUAAGAUUGAUCAGGUGGUGAUGUCGUACGGCGGCCUGCGCGGCGCGGUGGCGUUCGCUCUGGUCGUGCUGCUGGACGCCGAACACGUGAAGGCGAAGGAAUACUUUGUCGCCACGACGAUCGUGGUGGUCUUCUUCACCGUCAUGUUUCAGGGUCUGACCAUCAAGCCCCUGGUGAACUGGCUCAAAGUCCCUCGCUCCACGAACAGGAAGCCCACCAUCAACGAGGAGAUCCACGAGAGGGCCUUCGACCACAUCCUGACCGCAGUGGAGGACAUCGCCGGUCUGCAGGGAUACCACCACUGGAGAGACAAGUGGGAGCAGUUUGAUAAGAAAUACCUGAGUAAGCUACUGCUGAGGAAGUCUGUUUACACCAAGAGUGAGCUGUGGGAGGCGUACCAGAAGAUCAACAUCCGGGACGCCAUCAGCGUCAUCGACCAGGGUGGGAACAUCCUGACCUCCGCUCGUCUCUCCCUCCCCUCGAUGGCCAGCAGAGCUUCGUUCCCUGAAGUCACAAACGUCACCAACUACCUGCGUGAAAACGGCAGCGGUGUGUGUCUGGACCUCCAGGUGAUCGAUAAUGUCCCCGGGGCCAAAGUGGAGGAGGACAGCGAGACACAUCACUUCCUCGCAGGAAACCUGUACAAGCCCAGGAGACGGUACCAGUCCCACUACAGCCGUCACUUCAUGCCUCUCGGGGAGAAGGAGCGUCAGGACCGAGAGGUGUUUCAGAGGAACAUGAAGAUCCGCAUGGAGACGUUCAAGUCCAGCCGCCACAAACGCCACAAGAAGGAGAGGAGCCUCAAGAAGCGGCGAGGGUCCGACAGCAAGGAGGAGGGGGGGGUGGACAAACCCCGACGCAACGUCAGCUGGCAGGACAAGAACCCGGUGGUGGUUCCUGUGGAGUCUGACGCUGAGCACUCAGACGCUGAGAAGGAGGAAGACGUCGGGAUCACCUUCAUCGCUCGCAAACCAGAGACGCCCAAACCAAGAACCAAAUCAGUCCCUGCAGCUCUGGAGGGAUGUGAAAGCCCCCCCCCAGCCACACCCCCCUCCCCCCCGUCCGGAAACUCCCACCUCCCGUGGAAGGGGGGGGUCGGGUCGCCCCCCCCCUGUGUGUCGGUGGAGGCCACAAAGAUCAUCCCGGUGGACCUUCAGAGGGCCUGGAACCAGAGCAUCUCCUCCCUGGAGAGCAUUUCCUCCCCCCCCGGCCCCCCCGAGCCCCUGCACCCCCGAGUCAGCGCUCUGUCCAGGCUGGGAGGCCCAAGACCCACCUCCUACACCCCCCCGGGAAGCUUUGCCUCCUACAUCCCCCCGGGCCCUGCCUCCCCCAUCGCUGCCCCGGAGAAGAAGAUGGAGAAGGAGGCGGAGGAGAAUGAAGAGGAGGAUGAAGAGGAGGAGGCGUUGCAGGAAGUCCAGCCCCUCAUGUCGUCUCUGAGGACGCCCCCCGCCCUGCUGCCCCCCCCACCUCCACCGCCGGGUCACGGCCCCCCCGGGAGGAGGAGGGGCCCUUGCGUCUACCUGAGGAGCCUGAUGACAUCACCUCCUCCGGGGGGGGAGCCGCACAGCAGGGGUCCCACACAGCUGUAACACACACACACACACACACACACACACACACACACACACACACACACACACACACACACACACACACACACACACACACACACACACACACACACUCACCGUCCAAUAGGAGAGCAGCUUCAGGACCACCUGAUGAAUCCAUCCAGUGAUACUCCACUUUAUUUAUGCUUUUUUGUGAAAGGUGCUUUAAAACAAUCAAAACAGACUGAUGGAUAUCAGACAUCUGUAGUCAAUAGGAAUUAUAGAACUACAAUUCCCACAGAGCCAAUCAGAACACAGAUGAGAGAAUGUAGACAAUCUGAGUUAGCUUAGCAUGCGAGGCUAAAUCCUCAUUCCUGAAGUUAAAGUUAAAAUAUGUUUCAGAAGAAAGAUGAGUUUAAUGAGUAUUAUUGUCUGUUUGUGAAAGUUGAGUAUCAGUGAUGUCACAGGUCAGGUGUCGCCUCCUCGUCCAAUCAGCUGCUCUCCUCAUCACCAGCCACUUCACCAGCUCAGAUUUUCAGAAUAAAAGCACCCACAGCUGAUGUCUUAUUUUAUACAUGCACCACGUGUUGAUUCCAUGUUAGUAUGUUUAAUCACACGGAGCGUCACUCCUGUUUUAUAAUCUAAAUAUUCCUCCUGAUUUACUCGUCCUCCUCGCUCAGAGUCCUCCGCUGCUAUGUAGUUUUAUAUAGCAGGUCUGCAGGAAUUGUCCUGCUUUAAAAGCUUUGCUCUUCAUAGAUAGAGAUGCUGCGGAUCGGAGGAGCUCUCUGAGUGUUGCUCUGCGUAGUUAUUCUCAUUUCCAAUCAAAGAUGUAUUUUAUAAAUCUGAAAAUGUCAGAUAUCUACAGAGUAGUUUAUUUUCAACGACCAAAGGGUGUAUGAAGUGUGUGUUACACUGCCUUACGCUGUCCUGUCGCUCUCUCUGUGUGUGUGUGUGUGUGUGUGUGUGGUGUGUGUGUGUGUGUGUGUGUGUGUGUGUGUGUGUGUGUGUGUGUGUGUGUCCAGCUUAUAUUUAUAUAUUAUUUGCUGUAAUUAUAUAAUAUAACUUGAACUCUCACACUGAUAAACACUGUGAGAGUUUAGGGGGCAUCCUGUGAACAGCGGCUCCUCACAGAGGCGGGAUGGAGCUCAUAUUCAAAAACACUUGUUCCUUUGUGCAAUUUAAAAAUGCUAAAUGUAUGGUAAAAACAAAGACCUCCCAAAUCUGUGCCAGAAAUUCCCAAAUGUCCAAGUAACAAACUCAGAAGUUGGCAAGAAGAAAAUUCCCAAAUUCAAGAAUUCAGUACUUAAAACUCGCAAAUGUACAUCAGAACAAAAGGUUGUGUGAUUGAACUGCUGAAUGUACCAGAAAGAAACUCAAAUAUGCCUGAAGUCAAACCCUGCUCGUGUUGCGUUAGGUCCUAUGGGAAACAGUAGGAAACAAACAGACGGUCACUCAUCAGAAGAGAACUUGAAAACUUUUUUAAAGUGAGUUUUAAAUACAUCAACAUUACUGCCAACUAUUUUAAUAACUGUUUUAUUUAUUGAAUUCAGAGGUUAAAUCAUGGAUUAACGAGAAAUCUUUAGAAUUCAGUAUUUUUGUGUUUAAUUCAGCAGAAUAUUCUCUAAACGCUGUUUCCAGCCUGUCCGACUUUAUAUCUCAUAUUAAGGUGAAUAUCUCGCACAUCACCUCGGAUAUUUUCCAUUUAAAAAAAAAAUCCAUAAUGAACAUCAUAGUUUUCUGCACUAGUCGUAGUUGUGACAUAAUUCCUAAACUCCCACGUGAUUUGAACGCAACACGUAAGUAUUACCUGUGUGAACAAACACAGGUGCAUUAUUUUCAUAAUAAUAUAAUAGGCUUGUGAGCUUUAAUCCUUCUGUUAGCUGUGUGUGUGUGUGUGUGUGUGUGUGUGUGUGUGUGUGUGUGUGUGUGUGUGUGUGUGUGUGUGUGUGUGUGUGUGUGUCUUUAUGCAGCAGUGCCUGUAUCAGACAGCAGGGGGGGCUGUUUAAUCAUCUGGAUCUGUGCACACACACAGUCUCUGUUUCAUCUGUAACGUGUGUGCCAAAAGUCUGUCAAUAAAGUGAGGAGUUUCUGAA